AUGGGCGAAGAGGAAACUGGUAGGCCAUCCAUGCCUUCUACAUCAACCCAGGGAUAUCACCUGCCAUAUAUGAUGCCUACAUAUCCAAAUCCAUAUCCGUAUACUUGGGGUAGCCAGCAUUUGGCAAUGCCACCCUUUGGGGCAACCAUGCCAUACCCUCUAUCGACUAAUCCGGAGGAGCUGAGACUAGGUGAAGAUACAACGCAUCAUUCAUCCAUGCCACAUGACGUACCAACUAUGCCAUUUAGUGUCGAAAGUGAGAAGAAUGUUGGAGAAACUUCACCUGACAAAAGUGGUUCCCCAAAUGUGGAGGAUCAGUUUGAAGUAUCAGAUGAAGAUAAUAAAGUUGAGCCUCCAAAAGCUGGUAUGAAAUUUGGGUCUAAUAAAGAGGUUUUAUCAUAUUACAAACGAUAUGCCAAACAAGAGGGUUUUGGGGUUAUUAUAAGAAGGACGAAGAGAGAUAUAGAUGGCCAUGCAAGGUAUGUGACGAUUGCAUGUGCACGUGGCGGCAGGUACUAUCCAUGCCAUAGUAACUUAUCAAAGCCACGACCAACAACAAAAACGGAUUGUAAGGCUAAGGUUAAUGCUCGCCUAGUGAAGGGGGAAUGGGUGGUGACCAGUGUCGAGCUUGUUCACAAUCAUAGUACUGUUAGCCCUAAAAAAGCAAGAUUUUUUAGAUCUCACAAAAAUUUAGAUGAAUACAGUCAGAGGAUUCUUGACUUGAAUGAUAGAGCAGGUAUUCGGAUGCAUAAAAAUUUCAACGCACUUGUGACUGAUGCCGGGGGGUAUGAGAAUUUAGAUUUCCAAGAGAAAGAUUGUAGAAAUUUUAUUGACAGAGCUCGACAUUUGAGAAUGGGUAAAGGAGGUGGGGAAGCACUGAACGAGUAUUUUAAGAGAAUGAAGAAGAUGAAUGAUGGCUUUGUGUCCGUCAUGGAUGUGGAUGAUGAGUUUAGAGUUAGGAAUGUCUUUUGGGCUGAUGCAAGAAGUCGAGCUGCGUAUGAGUAUUUUGGUGAUGUGAUCACGUUCGAUACGACAUACCUCACAAACAGGUACGGAAUGCCAUUUGCUCCCUUCGUUGGUGUCAACCAUCACGGACAAUCCAUACUUUUAGGGGCGGGCUUGAUUUCAAGCGAGGAUACAAGUACAUUCGUAUGGUUAUUUGAAGCAUGGUUAGAAUGCAUGAAUGGACGGGCACCCCACGCCAUCAUAACAGACCAAGACAGGGCAAUGAAGAAUGCCAUUGCCAUUGUAUUCCCGAACACAAGGCAUCGAUAUUGUCUCUGGUAUAUAAUGCGGAAACUUCCUGAGAAAUUGGGAUCCCACUCAGCAUACCUUGAGUUGAAGACUGUCAUUCAUAAUGCAGUCUACGAUACACAGAGUUGUGAAGAAUUUGAUGAGAAGUGGGGGCAGCUAAUGAAUAACUAUGCUCUUACUAAUAAUGCAUGGUUGCAGGGGUUGUACACCGAGAGAUCAUAUUGGGUACCAGUUUAUUUGAAAGGUGUAUUUUGGGCUGGUAUGAGUACUACCCAACGGUCUGAAAGUAUGAACGCCUUCUUCGACGGAUUCGUGCAUUCCGGUACGACAUUAAAAGAAUUUGUCGAUCAAUUUGACAAUGCAUUGAGGAAGAAGGUGGAGACGGAGACGACAGCUGAUUUCCAUUCCUGUAACCAAACAAUCUCAUGUGUUUCCCCAUUCAAAAUUGAGAGGCAGUUUCAGUCAUGUUACACGAAUGCUAAAUUUAAAGAGGUCCAAGCAGAGGUUAUAGGGAUGCUUUUAUGUAACCCUUCACUUGUCAGCACACAAGGUAGCAUUUCUACCUUCGAUGUUUUUGAAGAAAUUUCCACCCCCGAUGGCCAAUCCAAAAUUAUGAAGUACAUAGUUUAUUUGAAUAAAGAGGAAUUGGAAGUUAAAUGCACUUGCGCCCUCUUUGAGAUGAGGGGGAUUAUUUGUAGGCAUUCAUUUAAAGUAUGUCAGAUGAAGUACAUUCAUGCUUUGCCAGAUAAAUAUUUGUUGGACCGAUGGCGAAAAGAUACAAAGAGAAGAUACACACUUAUUAAGAGUAGCUACGAUGAUUGUCGCCUCAAUCCGGAUGCACGUCGGUAUGAGGAAGUUGUUAAAAGAUGUAUACGAUUUGCCACACGUGUAUCUCGAAAUGAAGAGCAUGUAAAUGCAUUCUUUCAGUUUUUGGAUGACUUUGAGCUGAAGUUGGUAGGAGUAGAGCCUGUCACUUGUUCAACAAAGGAUCAAGAGAAUGUGGACGCUAAUAGGGGUAAGAAAAUAUUAAGUCCACACGUUGUUCGGGGGAAAGGGAGGCCGCCAACGCGAAGAAAGGUCCCGAUGGUUGAGAAGGCUGCUGGGAAGAGAAGGAAGAAACAGAUCAAGAGGAAAAUAUUUGACGAGGAACCACAAAAUCACAACAAUCUGGUGUCAGAAGUCUAUCCUUGUGUUGACGACGUUGUUAUCCCAACCUAG